AUGCUCAAAGUGGUUAAAAAUGAAGGAACUGUUGUUAUUGGAAAAACAAAGGAGGAAAUAUUAGAAAACAGAAGAGAGAAUCUGAAACGCAAAAACCUACGUAGCGUUUUUUUCAAAAAUACAGAGUUUAGAGAUGAGCAGACGUGGAAUUGGUUGAGGAAAGGAAAUUUGAAGAAAGCCACAGAGGGAACUAUCAUGGCAGCACAAGAGCAAGCUAUCAGAUCAAGGUCUAUUAGACAUUGCAUCGACAAAGAGAAAAUCAUCUCCUCAUUGUGCAGACUCUGUGGAGAGAGAGAUGAAACGAUAGCCCAUUUUUUGUCUGAGUGCAAGAUCCUUUGCCAGACACAGUACAAGAAAUGGCGUCAUUAUAAAAUUGUGCAGGUUGUUUAUUGGCAGCUUUGCAAAGCUUAUGACCUAGAACACAUAGAAAAGUGGUAUGAUCAUCAUCCAGAAAAGGAAACAGAAAAUAAAAAAGCCAAAAUCCUUUGGGAUAUGAAGAUACAGACUGAUAAGAUCUUGGGGCACUCGAGACCAGAUAUUGUAGAUUUUGAGAAGGAGAGUAGAACAUGCAAGAUUGUGGACGUGGCAUGCCCUUUUGACACCCGAGUUGCUGAAAAGGAGAGGGAGAAAGUGGACAAGUACCAGGAACUGAAAUACAAAUUGAAGAGGAUUUGA